AUGGAAAGUUUGAUUGCAUUGAGGGCUUCUUCAGAGAAUCCCCAGUGCUCUGAUGGCAGCAAUGCAAGUCCCAUUGAUAGGAUAAGCAAUCUGCCGGAGCCGAUCAUUUGCUACAUUCUCUCAUUAUUGCCCACAGAUGCUGCUAUUGUAACUAGCUCUUUAUCGAAAAGUUGGCAAUUUCUCUGGACUAAAGUUAGCGUCGUUGAUUUGGAUUUUUGUUCUUGUGCCUUCGAUGUUAUUGAAAUUGUGGAAAUCGUCAACAAGGUUUUGAUUCAACUGAAAUCUGAAAAACUGGACAAGUUUCGUCUCUGUGGGACAGACGUGGACUGGGAUCGAGUUAAUGUAAGUAAAUGGCUAAGUGAAGCAAUUGCUCGGAAUGUUAAGGUUAUUGAUAUGGGUCUUGGCGAUUUUGUUGAUGGUGAGCCUAUCCAACUACCAGCUACCCUAUUCACCUGUGAGACAUUAGAAUCUCUCAGGUUGGGAGGGCCUUUCCUGAUUGAGGUCCCUGGUACUGUUCACCUUCCCAAACUAGCAGUCUUAGAACUUGAUGACGUUUUUUAUAAAUGUGACAAAGCUUUUCAUGAGUUUAUAUCUAGUUGUUCUGGGCUCUAUUCUCUCAGCGUCUAUAGGAAAAAUCUCAAUGAUGGUUUGAUCGUUUGUGCCAUAUCUUCCCGCUCACUUAGAUUUCUUCAAUUGGUAUACUACUAUGAUGACAUUGAUGAUGCUUCCUUGUGGAAUAAGCAUCUGAAAAUUGAGGCCCCUGCUCUUGAACACCUCAUUCUGACAGAUGCAGUCUCCAUAAUGUUCUCAUUAGAAGGGCUAAUCUCUUUGAGAAAAGUAGAGCUUGAUCUGAAUGAUCAGUGCUGUGAUAGAUAUUGCAAUUUGGUUGUUAAGCAAGUUGAAGCAAUGAAUUGUGUGAAGGUGCUGAAAUUAACCGGUGAGACUUGGGUUUCUCUUACCCAUGCCACUACUAGGCUGUCAGCAAAGUUUGAGAAAUUAACCAAAUUGUACAUAACCUACAGUGACUGGACGUCGUACGCAUACUGGGGGGACUUCACGUGGAGCUUCCUGAACGACUUGCUGGAUUGUUCAGCGAAACUAGAAGUCCUACAGAUCACAAAAGAUUCAGGUUGCAAAAGAGGAUAUGCACCUGGACAUAAACAUGAAAUUUGUUGGAGGAAACCUUCCAAGGUCCCGGAAUGCCUUUCACGCAGUCUGGCACAAGUUUCAUUCUAUGGAUUCGAAGGCUUACCGAUGAGUUAA